AACGGCAGUCAGGCAUUUAGUGUGCAUGUAGGCUCUCAGGAGUCUGAUUAUCUAUUGCGCAUGCCCGGCAGAUCCUGUGAUCAAUGUGCAUGCUCAGAGUUGGAGAGCGGGAUGGUAAACGCUUUGGAUUGCCAGAAUCUGCAGUUCGCUUUUGUAUCACUGCUAAACAGCAAUCGGCUGGAAGAACAACUGUUCUCUUCUUGACCCGACUGGGAGAACAGUUCUACAAGGAAGCCAUUGAACAUUGCCGGAAUUACAAUGCCCGGCUGUGUGCAGAACGUAAUGUCCGCCUGCCAUUCCUGGACUCUCAGACUGGCGUUGCACAAAAUAAUUGCUACAUUUGGAUGGAAAAGAGGCACAGAGGCCCAGGAGUGGCACCAGGGCAGUUGUAUACUUACCCUGCACGCUGCUGGCGAAAGAAGAGACGCCUGCAUCCCCCAGAAGACCCCAGGCUGAGGCUAUGUGAAAUCAAGCUUGAGGGAGAAAUCUUGAAAAAGGAUAGUGUGUCAGCUGAAGGGACAACUUUGGAAGCUCUGCUACGUGGGGAGGCACUGGAGAAAAGAAACGACUCAAGAGACGAUGAAGCCUACAGUGAAAUUCAGAGAAUUUUAGACAAUGAGGAAAACAUAGAAGAUUUGGAAGAAGAAGACUUGGAAGAUGAUGUCCCAAAAAGGAAAAACAAACCCAGAGGACGGAGUCGUGGUGUCGGUAGUAGAAAAAAAACUGAUUCCACUGCCCAGGAAGACCAUGAUAAGCCAUAUGUGUGUGACAAUAGUUACAAACAAAAGCAUAACUCAAAAACAUCUGACAAAGUUUGCGGCAAGCGAUACAAGAAUCGUCCUGGUCUUAGUUAUCAUUAUGCUCAUACUCAUUUAGCUGAUGAGGAAGGAGAUGAUGACCGAGAUUCAGAGCCCCAUUCACCUCCAAUCUUGAGAAGUGAAGGUCACAAAACUCGGAAAGGUCCGGAUGGGAUGGUAAUUUCUAAUAAUUACUGUGACUUCUGUCUCGGUGGGUCAAAUAUGAACAAAAAAACAGGCAGGGCUGAGGAGCUGGUCUCGUGCUCAGACUGUGGGCGCUCCGGUCACCCCACCUGUUUACAGUUCACAAUAAAUAUGACUGCAGCUGUGAAAACUUAUCACUGGCAAUGCAUAGAGUGCAAAUCCUGUAGCUUGUGUGGGACUUCUGAAAAUGAUGACCAGUUAUUGUUUUGUGAUGAUUGUGAUCGUGGCUAUCACAUGUACUGUUUAAACCCACCAAUGGCACAGCCUCCAGAAGGAAGCUGGAGUUGCCACUUGUGCCUGAAACAACUGAAGGAAAAAGCUUCUGGUUAUGCGAACAAACCCUGAUUUAGCAUCGUCAAUUUUUUUUAAUAUAUAUAUAUAUAAUUUUUUUUAAGAUUAGUUUUAUUUAGAUGCAUGUGAUCAGUGUUUAACACAUUUGCACAGUGGUGCUAAAAGAAAAUGAACCUGUUUUUGUUUCAUUCAUUGAAGCAGAGCCAACCAUUGGCCACCGAGCCCAUAUUUCAGUACUGCAAUCAACACAAUUUUGAUUAUUCUCGGCUGCCAUUAGAUGACAAUGUUAUGGCCAUUAAAUAUAAUGGUUUUAAAAUGUUCAGUGUUUAAACUUUGCUGUGGCAACAUUUUAAUGUGACUUUAAUCCUCCAUUUCCGAUGUUUUUAUUCACCUUAACAUAUUUAAAAAGAACUGGUUGCUGCAAUAUUUUACAGAACUCCAUGAUUUUUGAUGAUUCAAGUGGAAUGACUUCUCAAAUUCCACAUUUUAAUCAAGACUGAGAAAAUCUGCCAAGUAUUAUUUCUUCUAUAGCAUGGAGUUUUGCUAAACCGUUGAAAACGUGAUCUGAAUGUUCGUAUUGAUACUUUUAACAAAACAAACUUCAGUAUGUAGUCCAUAAAGCCUUUCAAAUAUAAAUGUUAACUACACCUCUUUGUCCACUGCCCUUACAUCCCUCUGCUACUAGCAAACUCCAUUCUAAAGCCAAAAGCUAAAUCUGAACACUGAUUCUUAAUAGUCUGCUCUACAGACAAAAGCCUCAGUGUUACUUUAAACUUGAAAGCUUUACAUUUCAAUGGCAUUAGUAUUUUUAUAUAUCUUCAUUAUGAGCCUUAAAAACUGUCUUUAUUUUCUUAAUAGGCUGUUGACCCAAUUUAUGUUUUUAUAUAUGAUAAAUAGUGAUUGUAGAGGAUCUUUUUGUAUUGUUCAGAGGGGACCUACAAUAUGAUCCUUCUCUGCUGUUUCAUUCCUACACACCCCUACACUCAUUUAAGAUAAGCUGCUGCAAUAUUGCAGGAGAAUCCCAACAGUCUUCAAAUAGUGUGCAUUUUUGUGCUUUAGUGCCAUUUCUUAGUGAUUUAUGAGAAGCCAAUAAUCCAGAAUAUUAGCAUGUUCUCUUCAGCAUUUUUGCUUAAUUAAAAUGUGAAAGUAGUGUUAGUUUAAGGUUGUUCAUAUUCUUGACACAGUCUUUCAACGUACUUGCUUGUUGUAGACCAGGAAUUGAAAACAACAUCAGAUGUAUUGGGAGUACUGCACUGUCAGAGAUGUCUUCUUUCAAAUGAGGCGUUAAACUGCUUGUGCUGGUCAAGGAAAUGAUGCAGUGAUCACGAUUUAAAGACCAGGCAAGUUCUAAUGAUGCCUUGAAUGAUAUUUAGCUCUCUAUCAACAUCUCAAAAUCAGAAGAUCUCAUCAUUAUCACAUUACUCUUUGUGGGAACUUGCUGUGCAUGGUUUGCGUGCUGUAGGGUCAUGUAAUAUUGCACCUCCUCCUGUGAUGUACACUGUCUGAUUAGCAUAUUACUAAUAGAAUUAAUCAAUUAAACUGCCAGAUGAAUUCUCCAAACAUAUUCAUGUUGAAGCACUCCCCUCCCCCAGUGUUGCCAACCUUGACUUCACACUGAGUGGUAACCAGUCACAGAAUUGUAACCAAUUUCUUGCACUAUGCUGCUGAGCCAGUUGCAUGUUGAAGUCAGUCAGCUCAGAUGAAGCUUCUAACUUUAAUGGAUGAAAACUGCUGUUGGACUGAGAUUACCACAGAUUUGGGCAUAUGUGUUGCACUUUGGAUAUGGAAGUUCUUGCUGCUUCUAAUGCUGCCUCAUUACCAGGGUUCACCCUGACAAUUCAGGGUGUUGUUCUUUUAGGUAGAGGCACAGUGAAACUCCAGCAGACCUCUAGUCUGGGCUCUGGUUUGUCUAGUUCAGGUUUCCAAGGUAAUAAAAGAAAAUCAUUGCAAAUGUUGAGAGGUGCCAGUGAGGUUCCCCAAAAACCCUUACUGUAAUGUUCCGAAUGAAAAUUCUUUGUGCCCACAAUAGCUUCGAUGAAAGAUUAUUGAAUGCGUACUCUGUUUAAUUAUACUAGGCUCAAUUAUAACACUUCUCAAUUUUUUUUAUUCAUUUGUGGGCCGAGUGCAUCACUGGCCAGCAUUUAUUGCCCAUCUGUAAUUGUCGAAAGGGCAGUUAAGAGUCAACCACAUUGCUGUUGGCCUGGAGUUACACUUAGGACAGACUAGAUAAGGAUGGCACUUUUCUUCCCUAAAGGACAUACGAACAUAGAACAUUACAGUGCAGGACAGGCCCUUUUGCCCGCAUGUUGCGCCGACCUGUGAAACCAAACUGAAGCCCAUCUAACCUACACGAUUCCAUUAUCAUCCAUAUGUUUAUCCAAUGACCAUUUAAAUGCCCUGAAAGUUGGCCUGUCUACUACUGUUGCAGGCAGGGCAUUCCACGUGCUUACUACUCUCUGAGUAAGGAACCUACCUCUGACAUCUGUCCUAUAUCUAUCCCCCCUCAAUUUCAAGCUAUGUCUCCUCAUGUUAGCCAUCACCAUCUGAGGAAAAAGGCUCUCACUGUCCACCCUAUCUAAUCCUCUGAUCAUCUUGUAUGUCUCUAUUAAGUCGCCUCUUAACCUUCUUCUCUCCAAUGAAAACAGCCUCAAGUCCCUCAGCCUUUUCUCGUAAGAUCUUCGCUCCAUACCAGGCGACAUCCUAGUAAAUCUCCUCUGCACCCUUUCCAAUGCUUCCACAUCCUUCCUGUAAUGUGACGACCAGAACUGUACGCAAUACUCCAAGUGCGGCCACACCAGAAUUUUGUACAGCUGCAUGACCUCAUGGCUCCGAAACUCAACCCCUCUAUUAAUAAAACCUAACACACCGUAUGCCGCCUUAACAACCCUAUCAACCUGGAUGGCAACUUUCAGGGAUCUGUGUACAUGGACACCAAGAUCUCUCUGCUCAUCCACACAACCAAGAAAUUUGCCAUUAGCCCAGUACUCUGUAUUCCUGUUACUCCUUCCAAAGUGAAUCACCUCACACUUUUCUGCAUUAGGAGCGGCACGGUGGCUCAGUAGAUAGCACUACAGCCUCACCGUGCCAGGGACUCGGGUUCGAUUCCAGCCUCAGGCAACUGUCUGUGUGGAGUUUGCACGUUCUUCCCGUGUCUGCGUGGGUUUCCUCCAGGUGUUCCGGUUUCCUCCCACAGUCCAAAGAUGUGCAGGCUAGGUGGAUCGGCCAUGCUAAAUUGCCCGUAGUGUUCAGGGGUGUGUGGGUUAUACGGGGAUAAGUCUGGGCGGGAUGCUUCAAGGGCGGCGUGGACUUGUUGGGCCGAAGGGUCUGUUUGCACGCUGUAGGUAAUCUAAUCUAAACUCCAUUUGCCCCUCUCAGGCCAGCUCUGCAGCUUAUCUGUGUCCCUCUGUAUCCUGCAACAUCCUUCCACACUAUCCACAACUCCAUCAACUUUAGUGUCGUCCGCAAAUUUACUAACCCAUCCUUCUAUGCACUCAUCCAGGUCAUUUAUAAAAAUGACAAACAGCAGUGGCCCCAAAACACAUGCUUGCGGUGCACCACUAGUAACUGAACUCCAGGAUGAAUAUUUUCCAUCAACCACCACCCUCUGUCUUCUUACAGCUAGCCAAUUUCCGUUCCAAACCGCUAAAUCACCUUCAAUCCCAUGCCUCCAUAUUUUCUGCAGUAGCCUACUGUGGGGAACCUGAUCAAACGUUUUACACUCAUCCACCUGUUUAGUCACCUCAAAGAACUCAGUAAGAUUUUUGAGGCACAACCUACCCUUCACAAAACUGUGUUGACUAUCCCUAAUCAAAUUAUUACUUUCUAGAUGAUUAUAAAUCCUAUCUCUGAUAAUCCUUUCCAACACUUUACCCACAACCGAAAUAAGGCUCACUGGUCUAUAAUUACCAGGGUUGUCUCUACUCCCCUUGAACAAGGGGACAACAUUUGCUUCCUCCAGUCUUCUAGCACUAUUCCUGUAGACAAUGACGACAUAAAGAUCAAAGUCAAAGGCUCUGCCGUCUCCUCCCUAGCUUCCCAGAGAAUCCUAGGAUAAAUCUCAUCUGGCCCAGGGGACUUAUCUAUUUUCACACUUUCCAGAAUUGCUAACACCACCUCCUAUAAACCUCAAUCCCAUCUAGUCUAAUAACCCGUAUCUCAGUAUUCUCCUCGACAACACUCUUUUUCCUGUGAGAAUACUGACAAAAAAUAUUCAUGUCGCACCUCUCCUAUCUCUUCAGACUCCAUGCACAACUUCCCACUACUGUCCUUGACUGUCCCUAAUCUUCCUCUAGUCAUUCUUUUAUUCCUCACGUACGUAUAGAAAGCUUCGGGGUUUUCCUUGAUCCUACCUGCCUAAAACUUCUCAUUUCCCCUCCUGGCUCUUAACUCUCUCUUUAGGUCCUUCCUGGCAAACUUGUAACUCUCAAGUGCCCUCACUCAUGGGCUUCAGAUUGGUAUGACAGGUCGGCACAACAUCGAAGGCCGAAGGGCCUGUACUGUGCUGUUAUGUUCUAACUGAGCCUGCAUGCCUCAUCUUUACAUAAGCCUCCUUCUUCCUCUUGACAAGAGAUUCAACUUCUUUAUUAAACCAUGGUUCCCUUGCUCGACCACUUCCUGCCUGCCUGACAGGUACAUACUUAUCAAGCACAUGAACGAGCCGUUCCUUGAACAAGCUCCACAUUUCAAUUGUACCCAGCCCCUGCAGUUUCUUUCCCCAUCCUAUGCAUCCUAAGUCUUGUUGAAUCGCCGCCUCAUUGCCUUUCCCCCAGCCAUAACACUUGCCCUGCGGUAUAUACCUGUCCCUUUCCAUUGCUAAAGUAAACGUAACCGAAUUGUGGCCACUGUCACCAAAGUGCUCACCUACCUCCAAAUCUAACAGCUGGCCUGGUUCAUUACCCAGUACCAAAUCUAAUGUGGCCUCACCCUUUUGGCCUAUGUAUAUACUGUGUCAGGAAACCCUCCUGCACACAUUAGACAAAAACUGACCCAUCUAAAGUACUCGAAUUAUAGCGAUUCCAGUCAAUAUUUGGAAAGUUAAAGUCCCCCUUAACUACCCUGUUACUUCGCUCCUAUCCAGAAUCAUCUUUGCAAUCCUUUCCUCUACAGCUCUGGAAAUUUUCGGAGGCCUAUAGAAAACUCCCAAAGGGGUGAACUCUCCUUUCCUGUUUCUAACCUCAGCCCGUACUACCUCAGUAGACGAGUCCUCAUCGAAUGCCCUUUCUACCACCGUAAUAUUGUGCCAAAUCUCCCCCUCUUUGACCCCCUUCCCUGAUCUUACUGAAACCUCUAAACCCCGGAACCUGCAACAACCAUUCCUAUCCCUGCUCUACCCAUGUCUCCGAAAUGGCCAUAACAUCUCAGUCCCAGGUACCAACCCAUGCUGCAAAUCUAACAGCUGGCCUCGUUCAUUACCCAGUACCAAAUCUAAUGUGGCCUCACCUCUUUUUGGCCUAUGUAUACUGUGUCAGGAAACCCUCCUGCACACAUUAGACAAAAAUUGACCCACCUUAUUCCGGUUGCCCCUGGUGUUGAAAUAGACACACUUCAAACCACCUUCCUGCCUGCCGGUACACUCCUGCGACCUUGAAACGUUAAUCAUGACCUCACUACUCUCAACCUCCUGUACACCGGAGCUGCAAUUCAGGCUCCCAUCCACCUGCUGAAUUAAUUUCAACCCUCCUGAAGAGCAUUAGCAAAUUUCGCCCCCCCCCCCCCCCGGAUAUUGGUACCCUUCUGGUUCAGAUGUAGACUGUCCUGUCCUGUUUGUAGAGGUCCCACCUACCUCGGAAUGAGCCUCAAUUACACAGGUAUGUGAAUCUCUCCCUCUUGCACAAUCCCUGUUACCACGUAUUCACCUGAAAUGUCAACUAGAUGGGAAUUCCUGACCAUCAGCAAUGGAUUUGUAGUCCUCAUUCGACCCCUAAUUUCAGAUUUUUUUUAUUGAAUGUAAAUUCCACCAUUGGUCACCGUGGGUUUUGAACCUCGGUCCCCAGAUCAUCACUUGGGGCUUUGAUUUAACAUUCUGGUGAUAAUGAGUUUCCUGUUUGGCGCCUGUAAAUUUGAUUUUUUUUUUCGUUGUAUCUUACUGGCACUUGGACAUUUCUGUUUGGGCCAAUGUUUAUUGUUCAUCCUAAUUGCCCUGGUGAAUGUGGUGUAGAUAUACCCACAGCACUGUUAGGGAGUCCCAGGAUUUUGACCAGGUGUCACUGAAGCAAGUGAUAUUUUUCCAGAUCAGGAUAUGUGGCUUAGAAGGGAAUUUGCAAGUGAUGGUGUUCCCAUGUGUCUGCUGCCAUUAUCCUUCUGAAUAAUAGAGGCUGCAACAUUGAAAUGUGCAAUUGAAGAAGUCUUGGUGAGUUGUUUCAAGUGCAUUUGUAGAUCCAUUGGUGUCAAAUGGAGUGAAAGGUGAAGAUGUCAGUGCCAGUCAAGUGGGUUGCUUUGCCCUGAAUGAAUAUGAGCUCCUUGAGUGUAGUUGGAGCUGCACCUGUCUAGGCAGUCCUGACAUUAUCUAGGAAAUCCAGGAUGGGAAGUGAAUAAAUAAAUACAACACCCACACCCAUGAACAAGUAAAAAGAAUCCUCGGUGAACAUCCCCAUUUAUGACCUUCUGAUGGAAGUUAUCCUUAUACUUUAGAGCAGAUUUAAUAACCCCAUGCCUUAUUUUCCUUCUGUAUUUAACUCUGACUAGCAGUUUUGAGCUUUGGGAUAUCUGUCAACUAAAUGGAGGUGAGGGACUACUGCUUUGGAGGUAAGUGUAUUUGAAAGUGUGGGGCCAUUUGCAUUCGGGGGGAAAAAAAUGCUAGCCGAGUUGGCUGGAGGCCUCCUCUGAUCUCCUACUACUCCCAAGGCUUAUUCAGUUAUCCGGAGUGGGGAAUUGUUUACUUAAUGUCAAUUAAACAAGUUUCAGAAAUAUCCACCUGUUAUCUUUAGACCCUAGGCCAAACAGUGGACGUUUAGUCAACCUUUCAAAAUCUGGCGGUCACAUUUGCCCGCAACAGUGCUCCUGUGCGAUACCAAUAACUCUGGUUGCCUCGACCGAACAGAAGGAUCAUAUAGCCUGAUUGAUUGACGAAUUUGUCCACUUUUUGAUAUUUUGGCCUCCCUUUAACUGCUGUGUCAUAGAGUUAGAGCGUUAUACGGCACAGAAAAGACCCUUUGAUCCAAGUCACCCAUGCCAACCAGAUAUCCUAAAUUAAUCCAGCCCCAUUUGCCACCACCUGGCCCAUGUCCCCCUAAAACCUUUCCUAUUUGAUUACCCACCCAGAUGCCUUUUUAAAUGUUGUAAUUAUACAAACCUCUGCUACUUCCUCUGGGAGCUCAUUCCGUACACACAUGCAAUACAUACAGCAUCCUCUGCAUGUAAACUUGCCCUUAGGUCCCUUUUAUAUCUUUCCCUUCUCACUUUAAACUUAUGCUCUCAAGCUUUGGACUCCCCUACCCUGGGAAGAAGACCUUAGCUAUUCACCCUAUCCAUGCCCUUUACGAACCUCUAUAAAGGUCACCCCUAAGCCUCUGACGCUUCAUGGAAAAUAGCUCCAACCUAUUCAGCCUCUCCCUACAGCUCAAACUCUUCAACACUGGCAACAUCUUCGUAAAUCGUUUCUGCACCUUUUCAAGUUUAAGAAUGUAUUUCCUGUAGCAGGGAGACCAGAAUUGAAUGCAGUAUUCCAGUGGUGGCUAACCAUUGUACUGUACAGCCACAACAUGACAUCCCAACUCAAUACACUGACCAAAAAAGGAAAGCAUACCAGCUUCUUCACUACCCUGUCUACCUGUGACUCCACCUUCAAGGAACUAUGAACCUUAACCCAACAUUUCUUUGUUGGUAACAUACCGUAGUGUCCAACCAUUGAGUGUAUAAGUCCUGCCCUGAUUUGUCUUACCAAAAUGCAACGCCUCACAUGUAUGUAAAGCUUCGUCUGUGACUCCUCGACCCAUUGGCCUCUCUAAGAUCCCGUUGUACUCUAACCUACUGUAGUCUAUGGUUCUCAGGCUUCUCCUUGCAGCCUUUCUUAAAUAAGGGCACAACAUCAGCCACCCUCCAGACUUCCAGCCCUUCACCCCUGAUUGUAAAUGAUGCAAAUAUCUCAGCUAAAGGCCCUGCAAUUUAUUCCCAAGCUUCCCAUAAUGUGUUGCGACACACUUGAUCGGAUCAUGGAGAUAUAUUUGCCUUUAUGCUUUUUAAAUCCUCCUCCUAUGUGGAGUGUUUUCAAGACAUCAGUAUUUCUUUGCCGGAGUUCCCUUGUUUCUAUGUUGUUCCUUCACAGCAGACACUGAUUAAAAUUUAUAAAUGCAAUAAUUUGGUGCCAAUCUGUUGCAUCAAAGCUGCUGCAGUCAGAUGUCUGGCUUUUCGGUCAGUAUGGUUUAUUUUAUUCUUUAAAUCAGGCUCCCACAAUCGGGUUUCAGUUGAACAGUUGGUGGUAUCAGAGGAUUGAGGAAAACCUAAUUAUGAAAUGGAUUUGAACAACUGGAUUAAAGUAAAUAUUUACCAUUACCCUGCUUUGUGGAGCAGGAGUAGUUUUCCUUUCAGUCCCACCAUCACCACCUGAUCACUCAGGGCAACUUGCAGAUAUUUACUCCACCAUUUCACUCUCUUUGUUAAAAUGUUGUGGUGAUUUUCUUCACUUAAAUGUUGUAGGUGCUGCUGCAUGAAUUUAAGGUAAGGAACCCACAAAGGACCGUAAGCAUCUUUCUGUUAUGUUUCAGAUAGAGACAAUUGAUUAUGUAUCGAUUAGGGUAACCACCACAUAAGAGUGUAGAAAAGUAGGAGACCAGCUUUCUUUAAGCUACUACAGCCAACAUAAAGAUUGAACCUGCACUGUUGGCCUUAUUUUACACACCAGUCUAGUCAUCUAGCCAGUUGAACUAACCAACCGCUGCUUGACAUAGACAUACAGCUAUAAUGAAAUAGCAUUAUGGCUAUUUAUUUGUAAGGAUUGGGAUUAAGGAAAAGCUCUACUCAGUCACAUUCCUGCAAUAUAACCUGCUGCUCGAACAGAACAAAGUAAUGUCACUACAAACAUUGUACACAAUGUUAAGGUUCAUGCAUUAGAAGUGUUCCCGUUGGAAAGUAUAAAUGUAUAUUUUCCAAUGGGAACACUAUUUAUGCAUGAACCUUAACAUUGCAUACAGCAAUUUAGAUUCAUUACUUUGUUUGGUCAAAAUAUUGUUAAUCUUUGAAAAUGAAAUUUCAUUCAAUGCUGUCCUUAUAGCUGCUGUCUGAAACAGGACCACUAGCAACAGAGAGCAAAAGUUGUUUUCAACCGAAAGAAUAGCUUAAGGGUUUUACUUUGAACGCCUGUUACAAACUACCAUUUGUAUGUAUUCGUUGUUUGUUUAGUAGUGCACUUAAUUAUUUUGUACGACAUUACUUUUGUAACGUGAAUAUCCAAUAGAAUAAAGCCACAAAUGAUUAGUGGUGUCACAUUAGGUUAGAUAUUGUUAAAGAUCUCCCUGUAGUUCUGUUAGUUACUACAAUACAGACAAAAGGCACAGUACGAUAGUAUUACAAUUUUGGGAGCUGCUGUUAAAUCUCCAUAUAGUUAAUUUAAUGUGUAACUUAAUGGGUUGUUUCUUCCAAAAGAAACUUCAAGUAUAAACCAUGGCUUUGCAAAGAAAAACAAUCAUAUGAGUAAUACAUAUAUGUUUCUUAAUUUCUCAGACUUGCAUCAAUUCAACAUUUUUUUUUCAUGAUUGUUUUAACAAAGUAAAAGCAAAGAAUCCUUUUGAUUAUUUCAAUCCUUUGGAAAAGGCUGUUCUUAAUAGGCCCUUCACAAACAGAAUGACCUUUUUCAGUGACAUUGUCCUGUCAAUUUAACAUUUCACGGUUGCAGUUGAUAGCCAGCUUUGCCACACAUUGACUUUUUGAGAUCGACAUGCAGUUGCAUCAUGGUAUCCAGAGUGACUGUUACUCCUACUGAGUGAACAAUAUAGCACAGUGAAUUACCUGUUCGUGUUGUACAGAUCAUGAGUAGAGGUGCAUUAGCGUUGUUGCAGAACAAGAGUAAAACUCUGCAAACAAAGGUGCAGGCCUGCAGAUCAUCAUCCUGAUGGAGGAGAGGAUGCCAGACAUCACUGCACUUGCAAUGAUAGACCUACCUUAAAUACCCUCAAUCACUACCCUCCACAACCUUGUGUAGAAAUGAAUUCAAUAGAUUCACCACUCUCUGGCUGAGGAGGUUUCUCCUUAUCUCUGUUCUAAAGGGUCAACCCUUUACUCUAAGGCUGUGCCCUCGUGUCCUGAUCUAUCCUGCUAAUGGAAACAUCUUCAAAAGGUCCACUGUAUCCAGGCCUUUCAGCAUUUUGUAAAUUUCAAAUAGAUACCCCCUCCCCUUCAAUAUGUCUAAACUCCAUUGAGUAUAGAGCCAGAAUUCAUCAUAUGUCAAGCCUUUCAUUCCAGGAAUCAUUCUCAUAAACCUCCUCUAGACCUGCAGCAGGGACAGUACAUUCUUCCUGAAGUAUAAGUCCCAGAGUUGUUCAUAAUAUUCUAAAUGUGGUCUGACUAAAGCCUUCUAAAACCUCAGAAGUACACCCCUGCUUUUAUACUUACGCCUUCAAAAUAAAUGCAAUUGUAUUUGCCCUCCUAACUACUGAUCUGCAAGUUUACCUUGAGUAUCUUGGACUAGGACUCCCAAGUCCUUUGAUUUCUGAAUUUUCUCCCCACUUAUAAAAUAAUCUAUGCCUCUAUUCUUCCUACCAAGUGCACCUCACACUUUCCCACAUUGUAUUCUAUCUGCCACUUGUCCAAAUCCUUCUGCAGCCUCCCCACCUCCUCAGUACUAUCUGUCCAUCCACCUACCUUUGUGUCAUCUGCAAACUUAGCCAGAAUGCUGUCAGUCCCUUCAUCUAAAUCAUCAAUGUAUGAAGUGAAAAAUUGUGGUUCCAACACUGAUGCUUCUGGAAAACGAUUAGUCACCAGCUGCCCUCCUGAGGAGGACCCUUUUUUAUCCCCACUCUGAUUUAUGAAAAAUUGAUAUCCCAAUACAUAUCCCUGCAGGACACCACUAGCCACAUCUUGCCCACCCAUUAUUCCGACUCUGUUUCCUGCCACUCAACCAACUUCCUUUCCAUGUCAGUAAUUUUCCCUCAGUUACAUGGGCUUCCACCUUAGCUAACAGCCUGUUGUGUAGGACAUUAUCAGACAUCUUCUGGAAGUCCGUAAUAACAAUGUUUAUCAACAUACUUCUAUCCCCACUUUUGUCUCACCUCUAUACAGUUUGUCAGGCAUGACGUACCCUUCGUGAAUCCAUGCUGACUCUACCUGAUUAACAAAUGUUUUGAGAUGAUCAAUUUCCCUAUCCUUGAUUAGAGACUCCAGUAAUUUCCCAACCAUAGAUGUCAGGUUAACUCAUCUGUAAUUCCCUGAUUUCUCUUUAUCACCCUUUCUUAAGGUACAGAGUGAGCAUGUGAACACAUUUCCAAUCCAGAUGUAUAACUCCUGAAUCCAGGGAUCUCUGAAAGAUAAGGUUAGGGCAUUGGCAAUGUGCUAUCCUACCUCCUUUAUCACCUGUGGAUGGAAGCCAGGUAUUUGUCACUCUUCAGCUCUACUAAUUUCCCCAUUGAUGAUUUACUUAAGCUAAUUUUAUUUACACCCCGACCCUGAUCCUCUGUUAAUUUCUUUGGGACUUCCAGCAAGCUAUCCUCCUCUUCUGUUGUGAAUACUGAAGCAAAAUAAUCAUUCAAUAUGUCUGCUAUUUCCCCAUGGUCAUAGACUGUAUGCCCACUCCCAGCCUUCGGUGUGCCAGUAGGCCUAUUAACUGGCCACUUUUUUUAUAUUAUAAAUUGUCUUCUCAUUGCCUCCUAUGGUCCUUGCAAGUUUCCUUUCAUGAUCCUUUUUAGCCACUCCUGUAAGCUGCUUUGUGGCCCUUUGUUUGUAUUUGUCCUAUGCUGUGGAAUCUGUGUUGUUCUUUACACUUUUUUGUAAGCUCUUUAAUUUUAUCUGUCCCUUACCUCCUUGGGUGUCCAUGGCUGUUUUAGUGAGGUGGGAUUUUUCCGUUCUCAUGGGUACCAACUGCUUCUGUAUAGCAUUAAAUGUUUCAACACCCUCCACUGUUCCUCAGUUGUUUUACCUUGUACCAGAACAUCCCAGUUUAGUAUAGAUAGUUCCUGCCUCGUCCCAUUAAAAUCUGCCUUACUUAAAUCCAAAAUUAUAGUAUCCAGUGAUAGUAGGAACUGCAGAUGCUGGAGAAUUUGAGAUAACAAGAUGUAGAGCAGGAUGAACACAG